AUGUGGGGGGUGGCCGGCCGGCUCAGGAGUGAAUUCUUGCUUGGCCAGCCUCCUUUUACAGUCUGCAUGGAGAGCCCGGCUGGCAUCCUGUGGGCAACUGGCCCAGCAGGCCUGUCCACCUCUGUAGAUCACUGGAGAACACGUUAUGGUCUGCAUGGAGGGACAUACAUUCACAGACAAGGGGCACUCGAUUAUCAAAACUCGCCAUUCAUGCAAGACCUUGGGAUCACAGUUAUCCCUGACCCUGGAUGGAUGAGUUUGAGUGAAUCCUUAGUGCACAUUGCAAAAGGAGGCUGGCCCUACAAGCAAGAAUUCACUUCUAGGUCGGCCAGCCACCCCCCACAUACUGCAGGGGUGGGCAGGCCUACUGGGCCAGAUGCCCAGAGCAUGUCGGCCGGCCCCGACAUGCAGAUUGCAGAUGGAGGCUGGCCCUGCAAGCAAGAAUUCUCUCCUAGGCCGGCCAGCCACCCCCCACAUACUGCAGGGGUGGGCAGGCCACUGGGCCAGAUGCCCAAAGCAUGUCGGCCGGCCCCUCUAUGCAGGCUGCAAAGGAAGGCAGGCCCAGCAAGAAUUCAUUCCCAGGCCAGCCGGCCACCCCCCACACACUGCAGAGGCUGCAAAGGGAGGCAGGCCCAGCCAGAAUUCAUUCCUAGGCCAGCCGGCCACCUCCCACAUACUGCAGAGAUGCCUGCCUCUCAGCAUAUGCCCUACUUCCCAUUCUUGAUGCUUUCAUCUGCCCGAAACUCUCCACCUCUCCUCCUGUGUCCGAAACCAGGACAUGGUCCAAAACAUUUCAUGCUGUACCAAUUUCAGUUCUUCUGA